AUGACAUCAAUUACUGAUUCACCUUUAUUUCAUGAUGCGACAUUGACUGCAAAGAAGGAUAAUAAGUUGAGAACACAUCCUGUUAUAUGGCUUGAUAAUUCAAUCAAUUCUCAGAAAAAUACAUCCAUUGAACAAAAAUCUGAAUUAGACAAUGAAUAUUUCAAAAAAUUUGACAAAAUUGAUGAGUGUAUAAAUCAUAUUCGUUCAAUUCCAUCACGAAACGGAAUUAUCUUAAUUGUGAACGAAUGUUUUGGUGAAGAAUUAAUACCUAAAAUUCAUAAUCUUUCACAAGUUCUUUCAAUUCAUAUCUGUUGUGAAAAGGAACAAUGUGAUCAUCAAUGGUAUAUAAGACGUUUUCAUAAAAACUUAGAUGAUGUAUUAAAUACAAUGCAAAAUGUUUUUUCAAGAAGAAGCGGAAAAGCUAGACGUGAUGAAAUACUAUCAAUUAGUAUUUUUAAUUCAAAUAAAACUACUGAAAAAUCCACAACUAGUCUUGAUGGUCAUUUUGUUCAAUCACAAUUAUUAAUUGCUUGUCUUCUUAAAAUGAAAACUAUUUCGAAAGAUAGAAGCGAAUUUAUUUCAUAUUGUCGAGAUGCCUAUAAAGAUCUCAAAGGACAACAAGAUCUUAUUAAUACAUUCGACGAGUUUUAUGAACCAGAACACGCACUAUUGUGGUAUUCGCAAGAGUCAUUUCUGUAUCGUUUAUUAAAUAAAGCACUUCGAACUCAAGAUAUUGAUUUACUCUAUUUGUUUGGCUUUUUUAUUCGUGAUAUUGAAGAACAACUUAAGCAAGAACAACAUUUCUUACCUAUGCAUCUAUAUCGUGGACAAUUAAUGUCUCUAGAAGAAAUAAAAUUAUUGAAAGAUUCAGAAAAUGAAUUAAUUUCAAUGAAUUCAUUUCUCUCAACUUCCAUCAAUCCUAACGUAGCACUUUUUUAUCUCGGUUCAUCUGAUAGUCAAUGUGAAUUGGAAAAAGUUUUAUUCGAAAUCGACGCCGAUCCACGUCUAGAUGGUAUGAAACCAUUUGCUGAUAUCUCGUAUAUGAGUCAGUUUUCUAACGAAGAAGAAAUAUUAAUGAUGCUAGGAUCAGUCUUUCGUGUGAAUGAUGUUCGUAUUGACAAUAAUAAAAUAUGGCAUAUUAAAAUGAGUUUAUGUAGUGAGAAUAAUAGUGAUUUACAAAAAAUAUUUUAUCAUAUGACAAAUCAAUAUAAUUUGAAAAAUACGAGAUUAAUCUUAUUUGCAAAUGUUCUUAUUGAUAUGGCAAAUUUUGAUGAUGCUGAAAAAUAUUUACAUCGAUUAUUGCAACAAAUGACUUCUCAACAUAAAGAAAUUUAUAAAAAUUAUCAUGCACUUGGAAAAGUAUUAUUUGAAAAAGGUUAUUAUGAAAAAAGUUUGAAAUAUUAUCGAAAAUCUCUUGAACAUUUAUCAAUAUGUGAAAUAAAUGAUUCUCGAGCAGCAUAUAUUUAUAAUGGAAUAGGCGAAGUUUAUCAGACACAAGGUAAUAUUACACUAGCUUUAGAAUCAUUUCAAACGGCAUUAAACAUUUUCAAGGAAAUAUUCAACGAUGAUAAUGAAAACUUAGCUUGGUGUUACAAUAAUUUAGGUAUAGCCUAUACUCUACAGGGAAAUUAUUCUGAAGCAUCGGAUUAUCUCACAAAAGCAUUGAAUAUUAAAAAGAAAUACCUUCCUGAAGGACAUCCCUGUUUGGGAAAUACAUACAAUAAUCUUGGUAAUGUAUAUUAUUAUCUUCAUCAAUACGAUAAAGCAUUAGAUAAUUAUCAAUUAACAUGUGAAAUUUUUAAAAAAUCUCUCACUUCUCGACAUCCUUCAAUUGCAAGAACACUCAGAAAUCUAGGUAUUGCUAAUGAAGCUAAAAAACAAUUUAUGAAAGCUAAAACACAUUAUGAAGAAGCACUUCGUAUUCGUAAUCGUAUUUUAUCUUCAUUACAUCCAGAUUUAAUUGAAAUUAAAAAAGAUAUUGAACGUGUAUCAUCGAAAAUAUCAACAGAACUUCAUUAUUUGGUUGUGUUACAAUAG